AAAAUUAGUGAGGAGGGUUUCCUCAAGUUUUGUUACUGUUAUGAGAUAAAAGAUUAGCAAGAAAGAAUGAGGGGCUUUGAUUUUUGGUCAUAGACUCAUAGCUGAAUAACAAUCCUUUUGAAUGUUGAUUGGAAGGGGAUUCUAAGCAAGUCGUCCAAAAUCCUAGCCUUUCCCAGAAAGUUUCGCGAUGGACUCUGCUCCUGACCCCGCAGACGAGUUCCGCAACUGGCUGGUGCUGCCCCGGAACGUGACGGUGUCGAUCCUGCUGAGACUAGGAGCCAUUGAGAUCCUGAAGAGCGCGCAGAUGGUGUGCUCCCCGUGGCACAGCCUCUGCAAGGAUCCUUCGAUGUGGCGCGCCAUCGACAUGCGCAACUCCGGCAACCACUUGGAGUUCCCCAACUUCCAGAAGAUGUGCCGCCACGCGGUCGAUCGCAGCUGCGGCCACUUGGUCGAUAUCAACGUCGAGUACUUCGGCACCGACGAUCUCCUCAGGCACAUCGCCGACAGUUCAAGUCAGCUCAAACGCCUUCGGCUUGUGCAUUGCAAUGACAUCUCAGACGAGGGAUUGAGUCAAGCGGCUGCAAAACUUGAAUUACUAGAGGAACUUGCCAUUUCAUACUGUCCCUUUUCAAAAGAAGCUCUCAAAGCUGUGGGUCGCUGUUGCCCUCUUCUGAAAUCACUCAAAUUCAACAGCCGGGUGCAGAGGAAUGGAGAUUAUGAUGGGGAGGCACUUACUAUAGCAGAGAACAUGAGUGAAUUGCUCCGCCUCCAGCUUUUUGGAAAUUUGCUCACUAAUGACGGCUUGCAGGCCAUCCUUGAUGGUUGUCCUCGCCUUGAAUCGCUUGACCUACGCCGAUGUUUCAAUCUCAUUCUGGCUGGGGAUUUGGGAAGAAGAUGUUCUGAACAGAUUAAAGGCUUGCGUCUUCCCCAUGAUUCCAUUGAUGACUACGAAUUUAAUGAUUGUUGUUCUUUUGUUAACGUAUCUGGUGGGUUUUCGGACAUAGAACAUGCUAACGUAUCUGGUGGCAGCAAAUUCUUCGACUUCAGCUACAUUAACUACUACGACGAAGACUGCCACGACUACGAUCACAACUACGACGACGACUACGACGACGGCCACAUCGACAUUGAAUACUUUGAAGCCUACGAUGACCCCAACAACGACUGAGAUUUUUGUGAUGGUGGUUUUUAUUUUGACAAAAGCAUAAAUGGAAUGAUUCCUAUGCUGUGCCUGUACCCAAUAUUUUGAAUGUGUGGUAUUAAUAUCAUAUUCGCUUCUUGUGUGUA